GGCUCCGGGCCGGCAAGGCUGGGCCGCGGCUCCGGGCGGAGUGCGCGGACGCGGGAUGUGAGCUCAGAACCCUCGACUGCUGGCGGGCAGGCAGCCGCAGGCGGGAACUGCCCGGGGUCUGCUUGCCACCCGGCUGAGAGGAGAUCGCCUCCAAGAGACGCACCGAGAGUAUGAGGCCCUGGCCUCUGCUGGCUACUCUCUCGUGACCACUUCCACCACGGCGGAGCCUUCCAAGCCUACCUCCUGCCGUGUGGUGAUCUACCUGCAGCGGGAGAUGUCGGGGGAUACCUGUCUGUGCCCAGCCUCAGGGGCCAAGCCCAAGCUAAGCGGCUUCAAGGGAGGAGGGCUGGGCAACAAGUACGUCCAGCUCAACGUGGGCGGCUCCCUGUACUACACCACCGUGCGUGCACUCACCCGCCAUGACACCAUGCUCAAGGCCAUGUUCAGUGGGCGCAUGGAGGUGCUGACCGACAAAGAAGGCUGGAUCCUCAUAGACCGAUGUGGAAAGCACUUUGGCACCAUUCUGAAUUACCUCCGAGACGACACCAUCACCCUCCCUCAAAACCGGCAAGAAAUCAAGGAAUUGAUGGCUGAAGCCAAAUAUUACCUCAUUCAGGGGCUGGUGAACAUGUGCCAGACUGCCCUGCAGGACAAGAAGGACUCCUACCAGCCUGUGUGCAACAUCCCCGUUAUCACAUCCCUGAAGGAGGAGGAACGGCUCAUCGAGUCCUCCACCAAGCCCGUGGUGAAGCUGCUGUACAAUAGAAGCAACAACAAGUAUUCCUACACCAGCAACUCUGACGACCACCUGCUAAAAAACAUCGAGCUUUUUGACAAGCUCUCUCUGCGCUUCAACGGCCGCGUGCUCUUCAUCAAGGACGUCAUUGGCGACGAGAUCUGCUGCUGGUCCUUCUACGGCCAGGGCCGGAAGCUGGCGGAGGUGUGCUGCACCUCCAUCGUGUAUGCCACGGAGAAGAAGCAGACCAAGGUGGAGUUCCCAGAGGCUCGAAUCUAUGAGGAGACACUCAAUGUCCUACUCUAUGAGACCCCCCGAGUCCCCGACAACUCCCUGUUGGAGGCCACGAGCCGUAGCCGCAGCCAGGCUUCCCCCAGUGAAGACGAGGAGACCUUUGAGCUGCGGGACCGUGUGCGCCGCAUCCACGUCAAGCGCUAUAGCACGUACGAUGACCGGCAGCUUGGCCACCAGUCUGCCCACCGCGACUGACGAGACCCCGAGUCGGGCACAGGUCUGUCUCCUGUCCUGUGGCCACCCCUGCUGCUACUGGCUGGGUCUCUGCUCCAGCAUCCACAGUCCUGACAGGUCCCACCUGGGACUGGGCAGGGGAGGGACCAAGUCCCUUGUCUUGCUGCCCUGAACAUUUCCAGAUGACUGAGUCCUGACCCACUUGCUUAGCCUCUUUCCUGCCCACGGGGAGCUUCUGCUCUGGGGUGAACAGACUGACCUACACACCUCCUGCUAAGACUGUCCCCCAGGCGCUUUGCUCAGCCCCUUUCCUCUGUGAAGGGCUAGUACCCCGCAGAUCGCAGUUAAGGCCCUGGAGGAAUGGAUUCAUUCUAGGGCAAAGGUGGCUUCCAGUGCUGUGGAAGUGGUUUUCUUUUUAAUAGAAGGUGGGGCUUCUUUCUUAAGGUGUUUAAGUACAGGCUUGAUGAGUUUGAUAUUUUUUAAAUAAUCUAGGAAAUGAAUGGUUUUAAGUCUAAUACUGAGGGGGCUGGGCAUUUCUGUUCCCCUCCCAGGGUGCCAAGACCCUAUGUAAGGCAGAAAACCCUUGGCCUUUCUUGAAGCCUGUGGGAUCUGUUCUUUAAAGCACUUUGUACUGUUA